AUGACCACCCCAACGAAAGAAACGUCCCGGAGGGCCAUCAAGGGCCACGUCAGACGCUGGAUCCACAACAUCCAGCAAUACGACAUCGUACAAAUAGACCUAACAAUCUACAAUAUAUUGCUAGGAGCUGAAACCAGUCUAAAAAGCAUGCAAGCUAAAUACAAUCGACUCUCAGAAGUGGUCGCCAGAGACAUGGAAACAUUAAACGCGACCCGUGCACAAUUCGAUGCCGAGGUCGAAAGCAUGAUCACUCUGGAGGAUGAGUGCAACGCUGCAUACGUGAUCGUCAGGCGAAAAAAGGAUGAAUUCAAAGCACUCAAAGAAGCUGAAGAAAGAAAACGGCAAAAAGCCGAUCAAGACGCCAUCAGGGCCAAAGAAAAGGCCGAUCAGGACGCCAUAAGGGCCCAAGAAAAAAUCGAUCAAGACGCUGCAAGAGCACAAGAGAGAAUCAUCCAUCAACAAGAAUUUCAAGAUCAACAGAACUUGUUCCGACAACUGAUUGCCGCCAUUCCAGUAGCAGCUGCACCAGGAGCACCAGCAGCUCCAGCCGCAGUUACAUCGACUAAGCUCCCAAAACGUCAAAUUAAACCAUUCAAAGGGGACGUGCUCGAAUGGACGGCCUUCUGGGAAGGUUACAACGCAGCCGUCCAUGAAUCAGCCAUUCCGGCAGUUCAAAAAUUUGGAUAUCUUAAAGACUACUUGAAAGGUGAAGCACAGCUGUGCGUGGAGAACCUGGAGCUGACAGACGCCAACUACACCGUUGCAGUGAAUCUACUGAAGGCGAUGUACGGCAAACCAGACGUCCUGAUCGAGGCCCACACCCACAAAUUAGCCACGCUGCAACCAGUGAAAGACAUAGCUGAUGCCGCGGCGCUCAGGUGCUUCCAGCUGACUAUCCAGUCACAUAUCAAUGCGUUGGAGACACUGGGAGUUGCAAGAACGAGCCACGGAUACCUCCUUGGAUCAAGCAUUUUACGCUCGAUCCCACUCAAACUUCAAGCAAACUGCAGAGCGACUCAGCCGUCUGAGAGCUACUACACCAAAGCCGGCCCAAAAUUCUCCGCAACCGGCAAAAAUAACACCAGCAACAACACCGACAGCUUCCCAGCUCGGAGUCAGCAGCAAGCCGACUCCACAAACAAAACAUCCAAGCAAAACAAGAAGAAAUGGCAGCCCACCACCACCAAGGAGAGAAGCGACAGCAUCAUCUUCAAGAAAGCCAAUGCUGCCCUGCGUGUUCUGCAAGGAGAUGCAUUGGGCCACGAAUUGCCCAAUGGAGCUGAAAAAAAAAAGGAAGUCAUCACCAACGAAAGAAGAUGCUCUAACUGUUUCGGUCAACACGUGACCACCAUUUGUUUCAAUCCCCGCAGGUGUCAACGAUGCCGAGCAAAGCACCACACAUCCUUGUGUGCCGAGAAAGAUACCAGAUUCGGAUCCUCAACUAUAAUUCCAAAUAAACCGGCCGCUGGAAGCAGCUCAACUACAGCGUGCGCAAGCUCCUUUGGUGAGAUUAUUCUCAAAACAGCAACCGCUUACAUUUUAGGCCCAUACGCAAAGAAGAUCCGAGCAAUUCUCUUCCUCGACGACGGCAGCCAUAGAACAUGGAUUAAAAAGCAGAUUUCAAGAGAACUUCAACUGAAGAUAAUCCAGGUGGAACAAAUCGCGACCAGGGCCUUCCGCCAGACAGAGGCCCCUCCAGCAGAAACUCACAACGUGGUCGAAAUGACGGUGCGGGGCACCUGGCCAGGAGCCCCAACGGUGCGCAUAGAAGCUUUGGAGGCAACCGACAAAGUAGGAAGCACCGGCCCGUACCAAACUACAGAAUUUGCAAGAAAGCUGUGGUUGGAAAAUGAAAAUUUGGCAGACGACUGCUUCGAACGUGAAGGAGGAGACGAGGACGUCAGAAUUCUUGUUGGAAUGGACCAAAUGUUCAACAUCAUGUUCAACGAGCCAGCAAUUACAAGCCCGUGCGGACUCAGAGCCUACAGUUCGAAACUUGGAAAGGUCAUCGGCGGUCCAUCCCAAGAAACAACAUCGAAGCAAAGUCAAUCAAUUGUCAGUCAACUACUAAUCAAUUCAAAUUGCUCUCUACCACAGAUCACCUCACAGCCAUCAGAAAUUUUUAACAGCAUCCAAUCAAACAAGUCGGAAAGCAGGGAGACAGGAAAUUCCAGUCUCCUUCCACUACCAGAAAAUUCUGAACAAAUCUGCUUUUUCGACUCAACAAAAGAAAGUAAAAGGUUUGAAAUGGAGAAGUUAAAUUUUGAUAUGUCGUUAUUUUGGCGUCUAGAAAAUUUCGCGAACUUAAACGACUGCGUUGCUGUGGAGAAGGACGAUCAAUUCCGCUCCUUCUGCGAAGAAAUCACGCGAUUUGAAGACGGAAGAUAUUGCACGCCAAUACCAUGGACGACUGACAGAUGGAGACUGGAAAUCAACCACCAGAUGGCAGCAGUAAGACUGAGAAGCAUGCUGCACAAGCUCCGAAAAUCUCCAGUCGACUUGGCCAACUACACAAAAGAAAUCGAACAACUCAUAGCAAACGGAUUUGUAGAACAGGCUGAUUUCAAUUACGAUGGCCUCCACACUUAUCUACCGCAUCAUCCAGUCUACCGAACAGACAAGGCCACCACAAAAAUCCGACCAGUUUUCGACGGCGCCGCAAGAUCCAAAUAUGGACCGAGCCUCAACGAUGUUCUGGAGACCGGACCAAAUCUUAAUCCUGAUCUCCUCUCGGUCUUAAUGCGCUUCCGGAUGAACCGGAUCGCCUGGAUUGCGGAUAUCGAAAAGGCCUUUCUGAACAUCGCGCUGCAGCCCGAAGACGCUGAAGCUGUCAGAUUUUUAUGGCCAAGAAAACCGGAAGAACCCAACUCCGAUUUCAUCGCGUACAAAUGGAAAAGAGUUCCAUUUGGGCUAAGCUCAAGUCCAUUCCUUUUAAGAGUCACUAUUAACAAACAUUUGCUCUCAGUCAAAUCUAGAUUUUCUACGACAGUCGAGCAGAUAGAAGAGCAGCUUUACGUAGACGACUACCUCGGAGGAGCAGACAACGUGCCAACAGCCAUAACUACGGUAGAAGAAACCGUCACGUUAUUCUCAGAGGCCCAACUCAACAUGAGGAGCUGGGCAACAAACAACAAGCAGCUCCAUGACUUUCUCACCGAAAAAGAAAUGUCGAACCAGAUUGUCGGAAUUCUUUCACCCACAAUAGACGGCCAGCAAAAGGCACUGGGUCUUAGAUGGGACACGAGCUCCGAUUCAUUUAAAUUUGACCCUACAUCUAUAAUGGAAGGAGCCGUGCAGAUAGGAGAAAAAAUCACCAAAAGAAAAAUUCUGAGCAUAUCAGCAAGGAUAUUCGACCCAAUUGGUUUCCUAGCUCCUACAGUCUUACUUUUAAAAAUAAUUUAUCAAAAACUUUGGGAAGGAGACAUAGAUUGGGACGAUGACGCCACACCCGAAGUGAAGAACACCUGGAGCAGCAUCAUGAAAGGCCUGAAGGAUCUACAUCAUUUGGAGAUCCCACGAUGGAUUGGAUAUUCAAAAACUUCCAUCGUCUCCGCAGAAAUUCACGUGUUCGGCGAUGCAUCAGAAGCAGCCUACGGAGCAGUAGCCUACGCACGGCUCCGACUGGAGAACGGAAUUCCUUACACCAUCCUCCUUGCAAGCAAAACCAGAGUGGCACCUCUCCCAAAAAAGAAAGAGAGAAAAUCCGAACCUCCCUUCACACCGAGUCAUGGAAAACGACUUACUGGACAGACUCCCUCGUCACACUUGGAUGGAUACGAGGAGAUCCUUAUCGUUGGAGACCAUUCGUGCGAAACCAGGUGGAAACCAUCAGAAAAUUUUCCAACGCGGAUUGGUGGAGACAUUGCCCCGGAUUGGAGAAUCCAGCCGAUCUCGCUUCGCGGGGGGGCGCCAGCGCAUGCGCUGGUGGAAUUGAAACUUUGGUGGCACGGACCAGCCUGGCUGACAGAAGGAGAAAGCGAAUGGCCGAAUUCUCCAGAAAACCACUCCACCGAAACUCAAGAGAAAAUCGAGGAAGAGGAGACAAAGAAAACGGCAACUGUCUCCUUUGCAGCAGUCGAAACAGCCCAGCCGAUUGAAUGGUACCUCGACAAGACCUCUACAUGGACAAAACUACUUUUCAGAACAGCCUGGGUCCUCAGAGCACUCAACCGUAUGAAGAAAAGAACGCGCGACCCAGGACUUGAACUAAAAGAAGUCAUUACAGUCGCCGAAAAAGAAAUAACGAUCGACAAGAUAGUCACCGAAGAGCUGAACGAAGCGGAGUUAGCCAUCUGCAGACAGCUCCAAAUAGAACGCUAUCCCAAAGCUUUUCGGACACUCCAGCUCGGACUGCAGAUUCACCCAAAGGAGAAAAUCGCAUCGCUCCGACCGGUCUUGGACAAUCGAGAUCGACUCAUCCGAGUCACUGGAAGAGUGGGGCUCGCCCUCAGGGAUCGAGACAUUCAACCACCGAUCCUUCUCCCAGCAAACCAUCCUGUUGUAAAAAUGCUAAUAACUAACAAACAUGUAUUUAAUUCACACACAGGAGUAAAGACGACACUGUCAGAACUGAAAGAAAAAUAUUGGAUCGUGAAAGGACGCCAACAAGUGAGAAACGUUUGGUUCGCCUGUGUGAAGUGCCAGAAGCUGACUUCACCUCCUUUCCGACAAAUAGCAGCGCCGCUACCAGCCAACCGACUCCGCGAUGCCAGGGCAUUCGAAAUAACCGAAACCGAUUUCGCUGGCCCGCUGUACUACAAAAACGCGACUCCGAAAAGGAAAUCCAAGUCGGCGCCAUCCGUCGAACAAGUCAUUCCGGAACCUCCACCAGAAGAAGAGAACCCGGAUGCAGCGGAGCUUCCCACCGAAGAAGCUCCCGAAGAAGAAGACGAUGGCGACCAACCGGAUCCGACACAACAAGUCAACAAAAAGCAACCCAAAAGUUACAUGUGCAUCUUUACUUGUGCCCUUUCCGUCGAUUCUCCGCCAGAAGAGGCCCAGUGUCAGUGA